CUUAUCGGAGCGCAGUACAGUACAGUACUUUCAUUUCUUGGCACAAUCAGUUUUACAAAUUAAAACCUCGUUUUCUAAAACCCUGACAACUCCACAUCAAAAUGUCGUGCAUUAACACUUGUUCUCCAAAGUCAUUCUGGAGUAUGAUUAUCGAUCCGAACUGCACUAUCAAUCAUCUUCAUUUCGACUGCCAUCUGAAAAAGUUCACUGUUGAACGGUCUUUCCACAUUUCCAAAGCCGUUCUUGAUUGGCCAUAUCCUAGGGAUGAGAGUCCAAUUACACGUCUCAUGGUGGAUUGUGAUGAUAAAAAAGGGAUUAUCUUGUGCGAACUAAUGAAAAAUGAUCCCGAGAAAUCAUUGAAGCACGAAGCUGACCUAGACGUACACUUCCGUGUUGGACAGAAGAUAACACUUUAUUCCGAAUUUGUUGGGAUUGGAGUUGGUGGAACACCAAUAAGAAUCCAUCUGUCAGGAUAUGAAUUUUUAGUUUAGCGCACCAAUAGGCGUAGUGAUCUACCCCUAUUCACUGUAAUUUCUUUUACAACCAAAGGUGUAAAAUACAAUACAAAUGAUAUGA